AUGACCAAUGUGGUAGCUCUAGAGCCGUUUGUGGAUAAAACGCUAAGUGUGCUUUUCGAGCAACUUGACUCUCGGUUUGUUAAGACGCAGUGUGAGUUUGAUUUGGGCAAUUGGUUGCAGUAUUUUGCCUUCGAGGUCAUGGGGACAUUGUCCUUUUCGAAAAGGUAUGGGUUCUUGGAGAAUGGAUGCGAUACGAAUGGGUUGUUGGAGUCGAUUUGGGCGUUUAUGAAGAGGGUUGCUCCUAUGGGCCAAAUCCCCUGGUUUGACGAAGUCUGGUAUAAGAAUUGGUUUGUGGCAUUGUUCCGAAGCACGCCCGGAAUGCCUAUCUUGAGAAUCGUCGACAAACACAUCACUGCUCGGCAAAGGACAACCCAGGAUUCCGAUGACGCUAACAAAGCUACACCCAAUUCGCAGCUAGACGGAAGGAAAGACAUGCUAUCCCAAUUCCUGGAAACGCAAGCUACAAACCCAGCUGUUCCAUCAUGGGCCCCACGAGCGUGGACCUUUUCCAACGUAAUCGCAGGCUCCGAUUCCACCGGCAACGUAAUGCGCACCGUCAUGUACAACAUUAUCGCCCACCCACAAACCUUACACCAUCUCCGCGACGAGCUACAAGAGGCGCAGCAACAAGGCAAUCUCUCACAGCCCUUCCCGACCUUUAAGCAAGUCCAGCAAUUGCCGUAUUUGGACGCAUGUGUACGGGAGGCGCUUCGAAUUCACCCGCCCUUCUGCCUUCCGUUCGAGCGGGUCGUUCCGGCGAGUGGAAUUACUAUCUGUGGGACUUUCUUCCCGCCGGGGACGGUGGUGGGGAUGAGUCCGUAUGUUGUGAAUCGGCAUAAAGGCAUUUACGGGGAAGAUGCAGAUCUCUGGCGGCCGGAAAGAUGGCUGGAGUGUGAUCAGGGGCAGAGGCAGAAGAUGGAGAAUAGUAUUUUGACGUUUGGAUCCGGGCGUCGGACGUGUCUUGGGAAGAACAUCGCCAUUCUGGAGAUCAUGAAGCUUGUCCCGGCCUUGACCAUUAACUAUGAGAUGCAGCUGGUUGACCCGGCCAGGUACCAAACGGAAAAUUAUUGGUUCUUCAGGCAAUGGGGACUAGACAUCAAGAUGAAGAAAAAGGAGACCCCUCUCCCGGCAUUGAAUAUUCCUGCCUCUACAUCAACUGUAGACGUCCGAGUGAUUGACCCAGGGACAACACUGGACCUCAAUCCAUCCCUAUUCUGGGAACCCCCCAUGGAAGGCCUCGACGUGGUAAAAGCCCCAGACUACUCCUUCCUAAUAUCCAACGGCAAUCGUCAUGUCCUAUUCGACCUAGGCAUGCGAAACGAUUGGGAAAAUCUUCCCCCGAAAACUUUAUCAUUGAUAAAAAACACGACUAAUGUCGACAUUGGUCCAAACAUCGCCGAUGUCCUCGACUCCGACGUCUCCGGCCUGAACAUCUGCAGUAAGGAUAUACAAGCAAUCAUCUGGUCCCACCAUCACUUCGACCAUACAGGCGACCCAUCUACUUUCCCAGAAUCAACCACUCUAGUCGUCGGACCAGGUGUCAAAGAUGCAGCAUGGCCAGGAUACCCGACAAAUACAAACGGCACAGUCCUCGACUCGGAUAUCGCAGGUCGAGAGGUCAGAGAGAUCUCAUUCAGCAAGAACGCAGCAGAAACAGUCCAGCUCGGCCCGUUUGACGCCCACGACUAUUUCGGUGACGGCUCGUUCUACCUCCUCGAUGCACCGGGGCAUUCAGUCGGCCAUCUCUGUGGUCUUGCUAGGGUUACGACCGAUCCCGACACCUUUGUGUUUAUGGGUGGUGAUUGCUGUCAUCAUGUGGGUGUUCUGCGGCCGUCGCGGUAUCUACAGCUUCCUUUUUCGGAGGGCUCUGAGGAUAGUAGUCUUUGUGCUGAGAUGGAGUCGACUCAGGGCAGCGCGAAGACGGACGCCUUCUUCAGGGUAUCGCCUGCGUUAACUUUGAAUCAUGGACAAGCUGUCGAAACAGUCGAGAAGAUCAAGGCACUCGAAGGAUCUGGGGAGGUAUUUGUGAUCCUUGCACAUGAUGGUACCUUACAGGGCCAGAUUGACUUUUAUCCGGAGAAAAUUAAUGAUUGGAAACAGAAGGGGUAUGAUUCUAGAACGAGAUGGUUGUUUUGUAAGGAUUUGAAGGGGGCGCAUAGAGAUGAUAAAUAG